GCCACAGACCACCUAUGCCCUCCUUUCGGGCUUGCUUCAAGAGCAUCUUCCGCAUCCACACAGAGACUGGCAACAUCUGGACGCAUCUGCUUGGUUUUGUGCUAUUUCUCUUUCUGGGAAUCUUGACGAUGCUGAGACCAAAUAUGUACUUCAUGGCUCCCCUGCAGGAGAAGGUGGUCUUCGGGAUGUUCUUCCUGGGCGCGGUGCUCUGCCUCAGUUUCUCCUGGCUCUUCCACACUGUCUACUGUCACUCAGAGAAGGUCUCUCGGACUUUUUCCAAACUGGACUAUUCAGGGAUUGCUCUACUGAUUAUGGGGAGCUUNGUUCCCUGGCUCUAUUACUCCUUCUACUGCUCCCCACAGCCGCGGCUCAUCUACCUCUCCAUCGUCUGUGUCCUGGGCAUCUCUGCCAUCAUUGUGGCACAGUGGGACCGGUUUGCCACUCCCAAGCACCGGCAGACAAGAGCAGGAGUGUUCCUGGGACUCGGCUUGAGUGGUGUUGUACCCACCAUGCACUUUACUAUCGCUGAGGGCUUUGUCAAGGCCACCACAGUCGGCCAGAUGGGCUGGUUCUUCCUCAUGGCUGUGAUGUACAUCACCGGCGCCGGCCUUUAUGCUGCUCGGAUUCCUGAGCGCUUCUUUCCUGGAAAAUUUGACAUAUGGUUCCAGUCUCAUCAGAUUUUCCACGUCCUGGUGGUGGCAGCAGCUUUCGUCCACUUCUAUGGCGUGUCCAACCUUCAGGAAUUCCGUUAUGGCCUAGAAGGUGGCUGUACCGACGACUCCCUUCUCUGAGCCUCCCCACCUGAGGGGUGGAGGAGGGACUUCCCAAGUGCUUUUAAAAAAGAACUUCUUUGCUGAAGUAUGAGGAAGAGUCUGAGUUGCUGUUUCUAGAAGAAACCUCUUAGAGAAGUCAGUACCAGUGACACGUCAGCUCACUGUCCCAGCCUCCGUCCGGGCAGUACACUUCCCAUGUGCAUUCCUGGCAGUCACCUCGGCAAGGCAACUGCUGCUCCUUCACAGAUAGGACGUGGGAGCUCAUGUUGAGAUUUUACCCAUUCCUCCAGCCAUUUUGGGGAAAAAAAUUAUGAACUGGGAUUCUUCAGAAAUUAUGUUUCGUUUUUUCUUGAAGAAAAUAUCCCCCCCUUACCCCUGUCCUUACUUUGUAACCUGGCUGAUAACGGGCCAUCCAUUUUUGUAGCACACUUUUCAGAAACAAUUAUAACCUUGUCUCAUCUUUCUAGGACAAACAAAGCCACGCCUGAUGUAGCCCGGCUAAUCAUGGAAGUACGUCCAGGCUUCAAGUAACUUGAGUUUAAAUCCUUUUUUUUUUCUUGGCAGAGUAAUGUAAAAUUAAAAUGGGGAAGAUAUUUAAUAUUUAAUACUAAGCUUUAAAAAGAAACCUGCUAUCACUGCUAUGUAUCUUGAUGCAAAGACUAUGGUGAUAAUAAAAGAAAGUACAGACAACGCUUGGCAUUCAAAGAGUUAACUGUGUUGUCUCGACUGUUUGCACACAA